AUGACGUCCGAUUAUGAGAUUUUCAAGCUGGGAGACUGGGAGCUCCAAAACGGGGAGAAACUGGUCGACGCCCAUCUCGCAUACAAGACCUUUGGGGUUCCCACCUCCCCCGCCAUUGUUUAUCCUACGUGGUUCUCGGGAGCGAUCGCGGAUAAUCUAUGGCUACUCGGAGACGACAAGACCCUCAGCCCGAGGAAGUACUUCAUUGUCAUCCCCGCUCUGUUCGGAAAUGGCCAGUCGACUUCACCCUCCAACCAUCCCAGCGCAGACCCGUUUCCCAAGGUAACCUGCUACGAUAAUGUCCGCGCCCAGUACACCCUGAUCACGCAGCAUCUGCACAUCACGCAUCUGCACGCCGUGCUUGGAUGGUCAAUGGGCGCCGCGCAGAGCUACCAAUGGGCUACCCAGUAUCCGGAUUUUAUGGAUUUUGUCGUCCCCUUUUGUGGAGCCGCUCGCGUGUCCCUCCAUAAUGAGGUGUUCUUGGAGGGGGUCAAGAGUGCCUUGUUGGCGGCGAAGCAUAUCCCGUCAGCUGGGUCCAGUGAGAUUGGCGUCCUGGAUGGAAAUCACACCUGGAGAGGAUGGAGUUCCAAACAAAAGGAGAUUGGUCUGAAGGCUUUUGGGAGAGGCUACGCGGGUUGGGGCUUCAGUCAAGCCUUUUAUCGAGAGAAGUUGUAUCAGACUGCGUUGGGCUUCAAAGAUUUGGAAGACUUCCUACAGAAUUUCUGGGAAAAAUGGGCUCUGUCGAAGGAUCCGGAGAAUCUAUUGGUGAUGAUCCAAACCUGGCAGAACGCCAACGUGGCCAACCAAGCCCCAUAUGAUGGCGAUUUUAAGAAAGCCAUGGCUUCCAUUCGAGCCAAAACAUUGGUCAUGCCUGGAAAGACAGACCUCUAUUUCCCUCCGGAGGAUUCCGAGUAUGAGGUUGCAUGCAUGAAGCCGGGGAUUGGCUCACUCAGUGUGAUUCCCUCGAUAUGGGGCCACUGGGCCGGUGGCCCUGGGGAGAGCAAGGAGGACGUUAAGUGGAUCGACGAGCGGUUGUCUGAAUUCUUCCAGGGGCAAUCCGAUCUGUAA